GCUGGAAGUGCUCAGUAAUCGAAGCGAGCCCGGAGCUCGUAGAAGCGUAGAGUGCGGAGCCCCAAAAAAACCAAAGCACCAGAGAUAAGAUUUUAAUUAAAGCCAAAUAAAGAAACCCGUAUAAGAUGGUAAUCGGCUCAAUAGCUAGUUGUCCAGAAUCGAAUUAAAUAUGCUCAGGAUAUUGUUCCCCUUUUGCGUGGUGCUAAUCGCCCUCCACACUCUGGAUGCCAAAACUGUCCUCGUGGAGGAGCUUACAAAGUGGACAUUGAGGAACGCAACCUCUUCACUCAAGAUCGACGUUGCCCGGUUGCCGAGCGGUGUGUAUACGGCGCUGAAGGAUACAUAUGGGGACCUGCUGGAAACUGAAAACAAUGUGGCCCUCAGCUGGAUAGCCAACCAAACGUGGACUUACAGCACCACCUUCGACAGCGUGGAAAUGGGCCAGGACAGUUUGGUGAACCUCACGCUCCACGGAGUCGAUACCGUAUCCAAGGUGUGGCUGAACGGAGAGCUGAUCGGCGAAACGGACAACAUGUUUGUCCGUUACUCGUUCGCCAUCGGGCACUUUCUGCUGCCCAGUCCCAGCCAGAAUACCCUGGAGAUCGAGCUGCUUUCGCCCCUCCAAGAGGCCCACAGACGCGCUCAAAAAUUGGAGGAAGAGGGCUCCCCCAGUGCUCCUCCCAGCUGUCCAAUGGCGCUGGGCUAUGUCGAGUGCCACCGGAACAUGCUGCGCAAAAUGCAAAUGAGCUUCGGCGGCGAGUGGAACCCUGCAGCCCUUUCGUCUGGCAUAUGGAAGCCAGUGGCCAUCGAGUACUACAUGGUGGGAAUCCUGCGCGACGUCGAUGUGGCCAUCAACCGCAAUGACACGCACUGGACGAUGGACUGUCGGGCCUUCAUCAGCUCACCUGCAUCGGAGAACUUCUACGCCCAGCUCGUGGUGUAUGCCAGUGAGCUCUUAGACGAACCACUUGUUCUGGAUCAGCAAGAGGUUAACUACGCGUCCGCCGUUCUGGAGUUCAAAAUACACAUUCCCCAGGACCGAGUAACUCUGUGGUGGCCAAAUGGCUAUGGCAAGCAACGGCUCUACCCGAUGCUGUUUUCAGUGAAGUGCUUCACCAGCGAACAGGGCCCCAACCUGAGCUCGCGCACGGAGUCCCAGAAGCUAUUAAAGAUCGGAUUUCGCACCAUAGAGCUGGUGGAGGACAUGGACAGGAGCGGCAGAACCUUCUUUUUUCGUGUAAACGGCCAUCCAAUUUUCAUGAAGGGUGCAAACUAUGUGCCGUCCAAUACUUUGCCAGAACUGUCCGCAGAGGCGGAUACGGUGAAGCACUUGCUGAAAUCGGCACACGACGUCCACAUGAACAUGAUCCGCGUAUGGGGAGGCGGUCUCUACGAGUCGGAGACGUUCUACAACUUGGCAGACUACUACGGCCUCCUGGUAUGGCAGGACAUGACAUUCUCUAAGGCAGCUUACCCCCUAACCGACGAUUUUGUGGCUUCUGUGUGCCUGGAGACAGUUCAGAACGCGCAACGGCUCUCGUACCACCCCAGUCUGGCGUUGAUUGCGACGAACAACGAGAUCGAGCUCUUCCUAGUGAAGAAUCGUUCGGAGUUCGGAGAAAAUGCAACUCGCCUUGAGAAGGACUAUCAGGCUCUAUUUAUGGGCACUCUGAAGCACGAGCUAAGUAUCAUUUCCCGCAAUGAUUUCAAUCCGCGCCCCGGCCCAUUGGUCUCCACGCCAUCGCUGGGUAUUGAAGAGUCUGGCAAGGAGCUGGCCAAAGAUCCUCAAAAUCCGAAUUUCGGCGACAUCCACUUUUGGGAAGACGACAAGGACGGCUUCGACUCGGAAACCUACCCACACGCUCGGUUCGUAUCCGAGUUCGGAUAUGCCAGUCUGCCCAUGCUCUCCGCCUGGCAGCGAGCGUUGGGCAAUAGCACAGAUGUCUCCGACGCACGCAUAGCCUCCCUGAUCCGAAGCCAUCAGCACGAUCCCAAGGGCUUCAUACCGAUACUUAAGCUGAUUGCCCUCCAAUUGCCAUUCGUGCUUCACAAUUGGGAUGAGAACAUUCAGGAGUUCAUAUAUUUCUCCCAGGUCUCCCAGGCAAUGUCCGCCAAGACGGCCGUCGACCUUUUCCGCACCCUGCGCACCGAGAACCAGACAAUGGGUGCCCUAAUGUGGCAGUUAAAUGACGUGUGGGUGGCACCCACCUGGUCGUGCAUCGACUUCUAUGGCAACUAUAAGAUGGUCUACUACUGGGCCAGGGACUUUCUGGCCCCGACGAGGGUGAUUGCCCUGUACGACAAGAGCACGGAUAGCCUCAACGUGACGCUCACAAGGGAGGACUACAUGGAGCAUGCUGAUACGCGCUUAUACCACGUCCAAAUAUACACCUAUCUCUGGACAGACUUCAUUGCUAAAAAGACUAUAGCCCGUGCGUUCGCUCUGGGUUCCAAUGAGCUGGAAGCGCGCCCAAUACCUCUGGACACUUUUCUAUAUGAAAACCACCCGAAGGAGGAAAUGUUUCUGGAGAUUGUCUUGGAGGAUAACAACGGUGGGACAGUGGCUCGAAACUUCUUCUACCCAGUGCCUAUAAAAAACGUUAAAGGCAUCAAAGAUCCGGAGCUAGCGCUGGAAGUGGUGGGUCCCGACUGCAGCACGGCCAAGCAACCGUACACCAACAGUUUCAGCCUGCGCAUCACAGUGAAAUAUCCUGCUCUGCUUGUGUACUUGGAACUCUCCCAUCCUGACUAUUUUAGGGAGAGACACCAGUUCUCGACGAACGGCUUCACCCAGACGGAGCCCAGGAAAACUGUGCACCUGGAAUUUGAAAACUCUUCCGAGUGCCUGAAGCUGACAAGCGAGCACAUCAAAGUGCAAACGAUGAAUCAAUAUUUAAUCUGAGUACAACUCGCAGCAUAAAUUUGUACCGACUUAAAACAUUCAGAUCGCUGUAGCCCAAUGUAGAAACUUCUUGUCGAUCGUUUUAAAAAUAUAUUUAGUGGAUGAAAUCCCGACAUUAGCUUCAUUCUAAACUA